AUGCAGGAGACCCUCUUAGCCGCACUAUCAGAAAACCCCAAAACCAAAGCAAACAACAACAAAGACCUGUCCUUGCUAGUCCCCUCGCCGUGCCAUAUUGUGUCGACGAGAAGUCGAUCCCAGCCUAACUCCCGGCGCGUGACGCCAACGCGCGAGACGACGACCACCACUGUCGCCGCCGGUGUCGACGCCAGCUGUGCGUUGGUGGAGAAGGUGCUGCCCAAUGGGGAUAUAUAUACGGGGGGGUUGGUAGAUAGUGUACCGCAUGGGAAGGGGAAGUAUUUGUGGUGUGAUGGGUGUAUGUAUGAAGGGGAGUGGAAGAAAGGGAAGGCUAAUGGAGGUGGGAAGUUUUCUUGGCCAUCAGGGGCUACUUACGAGGGUCAGUUUAAGUUAGGGAAAAUGGAUGGUUAUGGUACUUUUAUUGGUGUAGAUGGCGAAGCUUAUAGUGGGAAUUGGGUGAGUGAUAAAAAACAUGGGUUUGGUGAGAAAAGGUAUGCUAAUGGGGAUGUUUAUCAAGGUUUAUGGAAGUUUAAUUUGCAAGAUGGAGACGGGAAGUAUCGAUGGAGUAAUGGCAAUGAGUAUGUUGGUGAGUGGAAAAAUGGGGUGAUUUUUGGGAAAGGAGUGUUGGUUUGGGCUAAUGGGAAUAGAUAUGAAGGGUAUUGGGAAAAUGGGGUGCCGAAAGGGAAAGGGAUGUUUACAUUCGGUAGCGGGCAUGGAAAUGGGAGAGUUCGUGGCGGCGGAGAGGAUUUUAAAGGGGUGGCGUUGGAUCCAGCAGGUGGGGUUGGAGGAGGAAGGAAGAGGUCAUCGGUGGAUGGUAAUUUUCCGCGGAUUUGUAUUUGGGAGUUGGAUGGAGAGGCUGGUGAUAUUACUUGCGAUAUUGUAGAUAAUGUGGAGGCUUCAAUGUUUUAUAAAGAUGGUAGUGAUGAUAACGGAGGUGGAUGUGAGGGCAAUGUGCAGCAUCAGCAGCCAGUAAGAAGUCCUUGUAGUUCUGUUGAUGGUGAGGUUAAUAAGAAACAAGGACAAACGAUUUCGAAAGGGCAUAAAAAUUUUGAUUUAAUGCUUAAUCUUCAACUGGGUGUCAGGCAUUCUGUGGGGAAGCAUGCUUCAAUAAUGAGGGAACUAAGACACAGUGAUUUUGAUCCUAACGAGAAGUUCUGGACAAGGUUUCCACCUGAAGGAUCGAAGUCUACUCCUCCUCAUCAGUCUGUGGAUUUCAGAUGGAAGGAUUACUGUCCCAUGGUAUUCAGACAUCUGAGGGAAUUGUUUGCAAUAGAUCCAGCGGAUUACAUGCUAGCUGUUUGUGGAAGUGAUGCACUUAGAGAAUUUUCUUCCCCUGGGAAGAGUGGAAGCUUCUUUUAUCUAACUCAAGAUGACCGCUUCAUGAUCAAAACUGUGAAGAAAUCUGAAGUCAAGGUUCUCAUUAAGAUGCUUCCAAGUUACUACCAACAUGUUUGCCAGUACAAGAACUCCUUGGUUACAAAGUUCUUUGGUGUACAUUGUGUUAAACCAGUGGGAGGUCAAAAGACCCGUUUUGUUGUAAUGGGCAAUCUGUUUUGUUCUGAGUACCGUAUCCAUAAACGCUUUGACCUGAAAGGUUCUUCUCAUGGACGCACAACUGACAAGCCUGAGGGUGAAAUUGAUGAGACAACCACGCUUAAGGAUCUUGAUCUAAACUUUGUAUUUCGCCUGGAACGGUCAUGGUUUAAUGAACUCAUCAGGCAAAUUUAUAGGGACUGUGAAUUCUUGGAAGCAGAGAGAAUCAUGGAUUAUAGUCUUCUAAUCGGUCUUCACUUCCGUGAUGAUUACUCAAGUGAUCACAUUAUGUCACCAAAUGACAAGCAUUUCGAAAAAAGAAAUUCGCAUAAUGAGGAAACAUCAAUGCGGGGCUAUCAUUUGCUUCCUGAUAUGGACUGGGUCAUGGAAGGCCAGGGGCCAUUUAUCCGGCUAGGGGCAAAUAUGCCUGCAAGAGCAGAGCGCAUGUCGAGGAAUACUGAACUGGAUCAUUGCACAGGAGGUGGAAGUAACAAUUCAACACCUUCGCAAAAUGGUAGUGAGAUCUUUGACGUAGUUCUCUACUUUGGUAUCAUUGACAUCCUCCAAGAUUAUGAUAUCAGCAAAAAGCUAGAACAUGCAUACAAGUCCCUGCAAGUGGAUCCCACGUCUAUCUCAGCUGUUGAUCCCAAGCUAUACUCGAAAAGAUUCCGAGAUUUCAUUCAUAGAAUCUUCAUAGAGGACCAGUGA